AUGUCGUGUAAGAAGGAGAACCACCUUAUUUGUUUCAAUGAAGGUGCCUCCACAGACAUUCAAAUGAUGAAGUUGUUCCUUUCCUCUGACAAUUUGAGAGUCCACUGUUUCUUCCAAAGUGAAAACCAGGUUCUUUCAAGGGCAAUUCUGAGUAUUUUUACAACAGGAGGUGUUGCUCCCAACAUGGUAGUCAUGAACAGCACAUAUCGUGGCGACUUCCACUUUAACUUAUCUCUGCUCAACAAUCAGGCUUUCUGGUUAAUUGAUAUUCCUAGAGAAAACAUCACAGUGAACACAGACAUCGCAGCUGUAGAACAAUGGAUAAUAAAGAUUACAAUGCACGAAGGAUUAAACAUUUAUGAUACUGAAGGUACCCUACUGGAUCUUGUCCGAGAGCCUAUUCUUCAGUGGAGUCUUGGACCUACCAUGAAUAAAACACAGGUCAAACAAUUAUAUCCACAUGUGAUAGAUAUCAUAGUGACAAAGUGCCCCUGUGCCAAUGAUGUGGCAUUACUUGGCCUCAUUUUGGAUUCAACAUCUAACGGUGUUUACAUAGGCAAAACCAUUUCUGGAUUUUGGAAAGUUGAUGGCACCAUAUGGCAUGACAUGACAAAGAUCAUCUAUGCAGAACUUAAAGAUGAACACAAAGGACUUACAGUGAUAGAUAUGAUUUUAACAAAUCAUUUUUUAGUCAUCCUUACCUCGUUGGGUCUUUUUAUAAGUCCUGAUCUUCGUUAUCCAAUCACUUCACACAUACAGCUUUCAAGAGCUGAGUUUUGUGGAUUUGAAAGGGGUUGUUCUGUACCCACUCAGAAAAAGGAGCACCUCCGUGUUGGACAUAAACUGCCAUGCGAGCUGCCCACAACUCUAUUUCUAAUCACUCUGUCACAUUCGACAUUCAACACAUUCUCAUCAACACAUAAACAUGUGUUGCCAGUUCUGAAACUUAAAACUGGAAAUGCUUACAUCAGAGAAAUAUUUCGACAUACCAGUGGUAAUGUUGGAUUUUAUUCUUCAGUUCUCACAGAAAUAAUAGAACCUUUUGGAAUGGAAGUAAUAAAUGACAGCCCUUGUUUAGAUAGUAAUCUUAGCAUUUCAAUUAUUGGACCCAACAUGGUCAAACUAUCCCUUGAACCACGAAAUUACCCAAAUGUAUUUAAGGAUACAGAUGUAGAAAAGACUGUGGUGAUACCUGGCCACAGCAGCUUCAUGGUCAUCGAAAUUACUGAUGAGUGGACCGCUUUUGCCAUAGCUACUAUGCCCGAUACCGUGAAUUCAGACUUGACAUUUGCAGCACACUCUUGGCUCUUAUACAACUUUGGCUCAAAGAGUGGACGGAAUUGGGCCAUACAUUUAAAACCGUGUAAUUACUGGGUUCGAACUGAUUUAAUAUCCCUGAAUGCUGUGAAAUACACUGAUAUGGGGAACAAAGAAGAGUUUAAAUAUCAGGUUAUUCCUAAUACAAGAGGUAUGAUACCACGUCAGAUCCCACCAGUGACGGUGAUUAUUGGAAACCCAACGUUAUUGGAAGUUAUGGCCAAUGGUCAUUUCGACAUCAGUGAUGAUUACCACAUGAAGAUUCAGAUAGCUAGCAAAUUUUUCCACAGAGGCUCCACGUCGCUGGCGCUGGUUCUGUGGGACGCAUCAACCGAUUGCCUUGUCACGACGCUGGUGACAACCAUGAAGAGCAGCUGCAGUUACCUCAGGACUAUGCACCACGUUCCCGACACUUACAUACCACCUGAAGACUGGACCAGCGGAGUUCACGAGGACAGUCUGGGCUUCAACAUGAUCAAAACUCUGCCGGUAAACUACAGGCCUCCAUCUAAUAUGGGAAUUUCUAUUCCACUGACCGAUAACUUUUAUCAUGCAGACCCUAGCAAACCCAUCCCAAGAAAUCUGUUUCAGAAAUCAAAGGAAACUGGCAAAUACAAACAGUGCGCCAAUGCCACCCGUCGGGAAAUGUGCAACUGCACUGAGCACCAAAAGUUUUCACAUGCUGUCGCUUUCUCGGACUGCAAAGAAAAGGUUCAUCGUUACAAGUUUCCAGUCACACAAUACCCGGUUGUUUUGGAGAUUUUCAAUGAAGGAGAAAAAUUCUCCGUGGAACCCCCAUAUUUGGUUACCGUGACUGAAGUCAAUAUGAGAAAAAACUGGGAAAUAAAGCACAUUGUGCCAGAGAACCUUAAGAAAUUGAAGGCUUACUUAGAGUCAAGGCUUAAAACUCCAGUGUAUAAUCCUUUAGGUCUCAACCUCAGUAUAAGGGGCUCUGAGCUGUUUCACUUCAGGGUGUCUGUGGUUCCUGGAGUCAGCUUUUGUGACUUAGCUGAAGAAUUUCAGAUUUAUGUCGAUGAAGUACCAUUGCCUUUUCCAGGACAUACACUGAUUGCUGUUGGAACAUCCGUAGUGAUAGGGGGAUUGAUUUUCACAUCAUUUUUAUUCCAACUGCGUAACAUCCACCCAUUGAGAGCAUUCUGGAGACACAGCAGAGGACAUUUUGCAAUGUCAUCAUUUUCAAGCAUUGGCUCAUAA